AUGACGGCGGCAAUCGUUCGCCGUAGGGCUCUAAUAAGGACGACAUGGCGUGACAGCUACAUCCAGCCAUCCAUCGGCCAAGUGCCUUUGCGGCGCUCGCUGAGCACGUUCAAUCACUUUGUGGCAAGCACUAAAGCCGAGCCAAAUUCACCGCUGCCGCCACAGAUACCCAAUGCGAAGCCUUUUAGACUAGCUGUGAAGGACAACAUCGUCACUGAAGAGUUCCCUACGCAAUGCGCCUCAGCUAUCCUGGGUCAGCAUGCGUCGCCCUUUGAGGCCACCAUUGUUCGCCAGCUACGGCAACGUGGAGCAACCGUUGUUGGGAAAACCAACAUGGACGAGUUUGGAAUGGGAUCGCAUUCUGUCAACUCUGUCCACGGACCCGUUCGCAACCCCCUAGCAGCAACUGGUGAUGAUGUAUCUGCGGGAGGCAGCUCCGGAGGCAGCGCAGUUGCGGUGGCACUCGGCGAGGCGGACAUUGCGCUUGGUACCGACACAGGUGGCUCAGUCAGGCUACCGGCAGCAUAUACCGGCACUAUUGGAUACAAGCCGAGCUAUGGGAUGCUCUCAAGGUUUGGCGUCGUUCCGUAUGCAAACUCCUUGGACACCGUUGGUCUACUUGCACGAGAUGUUGAGCCGAUCCAAGACCUUAUAUUCGACACCGGCCUAUAUCAAGAGCAUGAUCCUCAUGAUCCCACCUCAUUGAAUGUUGCGGCCCGUCAGCGCUGUUCAAAGGCUUGUCCUCCGACGCUACCAGAUCUCUCUCAGCUUACUAUCGGCAUACCAGUCGAAUAUAACAUUGACGAGCUAGACCCCUCCAUACGUGCAGCCUGGGUUGCUACUGCUUCAGCAUUGGAGGCACAGGGCGCUCGUGUAGUCCCCGUAUCUCUUCCAUCGAUAAAGGAAGCCCUCUGCGCAUAUUACAUUCUCGCCCCGGCAGAGGCAUCAUCCAACUUGGCCAAAUAUGACGGAGUACGAUACGGCGUUCGCGGUCCCGGAGGAGAUGCAGUCGGCGAAACCCUCUACUCCGAGGCUCGCGGUGCUGGUUUCGGAGCCGAAGUGAAACGGCGAAUUCUCCUGGGAACUUAUAGUCUAAGCUCCGAAGCCAUGGAUAACUACUUUAUUCAGGCUCAGAAAGUCCGUCGGUUGAUCCAGCGGGACUUUGACAGAGUUUUCAAAUUGGACAAUCCGCUGUACGAACCUAGGCAGUUCGACCUGAGCGAGAUGUCUGCGGAUACUGCUUUGGAGGACAAACAAGGUCCUCUCCAGGUGGACUUUUUGCUAUCCCCAACCGCGCCAACGUAUCCGCCCAAACUGAGCGACGUUCAAAAGCGAAGUAGUGUGGACAUGUAUAUGAAUGAUGUCCUUACGGUCCCUGCUAGUCUUGCUGGUCUGCCUGCUAUUAGCGUUCCAGUAAAAGCCGAAAAAGGCCAUCAGUUCCCAGCUGGCAUUCAGUUAAUUGCGCAAUAUUGGGAUGAUAGGAGGCUACUGACAUUGGCAGAUAAGGUGGUGAAGUUGAUUGAAGUAUGA